AUGCGCCGAGCCGCAUCGGUCGCCCGCGCGGCGUUCCGCGCGCGCGCCCGACGCGAUUCCGCCGAGCCCCUCCUCGGUGGCCACGCGGGCCAUUCGUUCCUCCGCUGUGCGGGACGGGCGGGUAGCGACCGCCGCGCGCCGACCGCCCGAGCGCUCGCGCGACCGACGCCGCCGCGGUCGCCGUUCAUCGCGGAUCCGCGGAUCAUCGGCGCGAGACGUUACGGGUCCGACGACGACCGCGGGCGAAACCCCGCGGUCGUCGUCGGCGCCUCCCGCGGCGGGCUCUGCCCCACGUGCAGCUCCGCGGUGCAGCCGAUGUGGCCCAAGGCGCUCCUCCCGAACGAGGUGGGCGGCGGGGCCGCGGACUCCGGCCCGACGUACUGGUGCGCCAGCUGUAAGGACGUGUGCAAGGACCCGGUGCGCCGCGGCGGUCCCGCGGACGACGACAUGAGCGGAGGAGGAUUCGACGCCGACGCCCAAGGAAUCUACGCCGCCAUGCCCAGUCGAGCGGCGGCGGCGCGCGCCGUCGACCCUAAGAUGGGAUUCACGUCACACGGCAUGCUCCCCACGGCCGUGCCGGGCGGCGGCGUGAGCGACGCCGCCACCGGCGCCACCGCCACCGUCGAGGGAGCGGGCGGCGGGGUUCCCUUUGGCGUUCCGAGCACCGGCGGCGGCGGCGGCGGCGGCGGCGCAUUCGGCGGCGGCGGUCGCGACCCGGCUUCGCCGCCGUCCGGCACUCGGUUCGCCGACUUCGACGCGCGGCUCGCGUCGUUACCGACGCCCCGGCGCAUGGUCCAGAUGCUCGACGCGUACGUCGUGGGGCAGACGCACGCCAAGAAGGUUCUCGCGGUGGCGGUGUAUAACCACUACAAGCGGGUGUGGAGCGCCGAGAGGGACGGGACUCUUCGUCGGGAGUCGCCGGGUUCAACAGCGAGCGACGCGCCGCCGCCGCGUGUCGAUAACCACUUCCGCGGCACCCACGACGACGACCCGGCGUCGGCGUCGGGGAACGACGGGCGCGGCGAUCGAUACGUUCAACACAAGGCGAGCACGGAGGCGUGGUGGCCGGUGAACGACGACGUCGCCGGCCGAGACGACGUCGCCGCCGCCGCCGCGCGCGCCGCCGCGGCGAACUACGCGCGGAACGAGGAGGAACGAAGGCGCCUUAGGGCGUAUCAAAACACCGCCGCGGCAUCCACGAGCACUGCUGACCGAGUCGACCGAACGACGACGAACGGUUGCCCGUUUGAUUCUUCGGGUUCGGUGCCCCCCGCCGAACAGCUCGACGCGGUUCGACUGGAGAAGUCCAACAUCCUCCUCUGCGGGCCGACGGGGUCGGGAAAGACGCUCCUGGCGAAGACGCUGGCGGAGUUCGUGGACGUCCCGAUCGUCAUCGCGGACGCCACGACGUUGACGCAGGCUGGGUACGUUGGAGAAGACGUGGAGAGCUUGCUGCACAAGCUGCUGCAGGCGGCGAGGUUCGACCUGGCGGCGGCGCAGCGCGGCAUCGUCUACAUCGACGAGAUCGACAAGCUGACGCGCAAGUCGGAGAACCUCUCCAUCACGCGCGACGUCUCCGGCGAGGGCGUGCAGCAGGCGCUCCUGAAGAUGGUGGAGGGAACGGUGGUCAACGUCCCGGAGAAGGGUGGACGGAAAAACCCGAGGGGCGAUUUCAUACAGGUGGACACCUCAGACAUCCUGUUCAUCUGCGGAGGCGCGUUCUCGGGGUUGGAGCACGUGGUGGACGAACGGCGGAAUAAUAACGCGCACGAGCGCGCCGCCGCGCGCGAUCGUCCCCUUCGUUCGGGAGGCGUCUCGGACGGCGAGAAGACGCCAGCUGGCGACCCCGGAUUGGACCGGUCACAAACGGCGGCGUCGCUGGCGUCGGCGCUCGGCGCGACUCGCGCGCGAUUGGCCGACGACGAACCCCCUUCGUUAGCUGAGGGAGCGGACGGAUCCGUUCUCCCGUCCAUGGCGACGCGGCGCGCGCGCGAGUCCGCCGCGUCUCGCGAACCCUUCUUCUUCAACUACGAAGAUGGCGAAGAAGAAGCAGACCACGCGGCGGCGGAGGCGCGGAGAAUCGCCGCCGACGACGCCAUCGCGGACACCGAAUCCGCCGACCUCGUCCGGUACGGCCUCAUACCCGAGUUCGUGGGCAGGUUCCCGGUCACCGUGCCCCUGCGCUCGCUCGGGGAGGACGAGCUCGUGCGCGUGUUGAUGGGCCCUCGCAACGCGGUCGGGAGGCAGUACCAGCGGCUGAUGCGCAUGCACGGCGUCGAUCUCGAGUUUACGGACGGCGCGCUGAGGGUCAUCGCGCGCGCGGCGCUGCGGCGCGAGACGGGCGCGAGGGGCUUGCGGACGCUCGUGGAGAGGCUCCUCACCGAGGCGAUGUUCGAGGUACCGGAUGCGCCGGACGUGGUCAAGGUUGUGGUGGACGAGUCGUCGGCGAGGAGGGGACUCGGGCUUUCGCUCUUCGCCGCCGACGACGAGCGAAAGACGGUGGGCGCGGGCGGGGAGGAGAGGGCGGCGGGGGGCGCGAGGCUGGUGUACCGCGUCAAGGGCGGAGCCGGGGGGGAGGAACGGGCGGCGACGGACGCGGAGGCUGACGAUGAGCCCCGCGCGGCUACCGUGUAA